AUGACUUCUCAAAUUGAUAAACUUUCAAUUAAUACCAUUCGUACUUUGGCAGCUGAUGUUGUGCGCAAGGCCAACUCGGGACAUCCUGGGGCUCCUAUGGGAUGUGCACCAAUGGCACAUGUACUCUUUUCGAGAUUUAUAACUACCAACCCAGCAAAUCCGAUAUGGCCAAAUCGAGAUCGAUUUGUUCUGUCAAAUGGUCAUGGUUGUGCCUUGCACUAUAUUCUCUUACAUCUGAUGGGCUAUGAUCUUACCAUGGACGAUCUAAAAGCAUUCCGUCAGACUGAUAGCAAAACGCCUGGACAUCCGGAAUCUCAUUUGACUCCUGGCAUCGAAGUUACCACAGGACCUCUUGGUCAAGGCUUUGCAAAUUCUGUCGGACUGGCAAUUGCUCAAACUCAUUUAUCGGCGGUUUUUAACAAACCAGGGUUUGAUUUAUUCACAAACCACACCUACGUCAUUACUGGUGAUGGUUGUCUUCAAGAAGGAGUUGCUUCCGAAGCAGCUUCUCUUGCCGGUCAUUUACAACUUGGGAAUUUGAUUGUUCUUUAUGAUGAUAAUCAUGUGUCUAUUGAUGGUGAUACCGAAAUUAGCUUCACUGAAGAUGUCCUGAAGCGUUUUGAAGCUUAUGGUUGGCACACACAGUUUAUAGCUGAUGGUGAUAAUGAUUUAGAAGGAAUUACCAAAAGUAUUGAAGAAGCAAAGAAAAUCAAAAAUAAGCCGUCAUUAAUAAAAAUUCGAACCACUAUUGGAAUCGGAUCGAAAUUCCAAGGCACUGAAAAAGUACACGGCAGUCCAUUAUCACACGAUGAUAUAGUAGAAGUGAAAAAGCUUUAUGGUUUUGAUCCUGACAAAUAUUUUUAUGUACCAGAAGAGGUAUAUGAAAAAUACAAAGAAUUCAACCAAAAAGGUGCGCAUGCUGAAAGGCAAUGGAACGAACUUUUAGAGAACUAUACACAACAAUAUCCUCAUGAGGGAGCAGAGAUAAAACGUAGAUUCUCAAAAAAACUUCCAGAAAAUUGGGCAGAUCAUUUACCACGUUAUACUCCGGCGGACCCGGCACUCGCCACUAGGAAAUUAUCAGAGAAUGUAUUGAACAAAAUUGCUGAUAUAUUACCCGAACUUAUUGGAGGUUCUGCUGAUUUAACUGGCUCUAAUUUAACUCGAUGGAAAACGGCUGUUGAUUUUCAACCGGACUCCAUUAAUUUGGGAAAAUGCUCUGGACGUUAUAUUCGCUAUGGUGUUCGAGAACAUGGAAUGGCUGGAAUCAUGAAUGGAAUUUCUGCCUACGGUGGUUUGAUACCUUUUGGCGGUUCAUUCUUGAAUUUUAUUAGCUAUGCUCUGGGUUCUGUUCGUUUAUCUGCGCUAUCGUCACAACGUGAAGAUGGGCCAACCCAUCAACCUAUCGAAACACUCGCUGGACUACGAGCAUUACCCAAUAUUUUAGUUUUUCGUCCUGCAGAUGGCAAUGAAGUUUCCGGAGCCUAUCUCGCAGCUAUCGAAAAUCUUCAUCGACCUUCUGUAUUAGCAUUAUCUCGUCAAAAUCUCCCUCAAUUAGAAGGAUCAUCUGUCGAGAAAACUUUACUGGGUGGUUAUGUUCUUCAAGAAGUUGAAGGUGCCCAAAUCACGUUAACAGGCACUGGAUCUGAGAUAUCGAUCGCAGUAGAAGCAGCAAACCGAUUGAAUCAGGAAGGAAUAAAGACUCGCGUAGUUUCUCUUCCAUCACUUGAACUCUUUGAAGAGCAAGAUAUUGAAUAUAAAAGAUCCGUUUUCCCCGACGGUGUUCCAGUAUUGAGCAUUGAAGCGUUAGCGACUUUUGGUUGGUCUAAAUAUGCACACGCCUCUGUUGGUAUGACCACAUUCGGAUCUUCUGGUCCAUACAAACAGAUUUACGAAAAAUAUGGAUUUACCCCUGAAAAUUUAGUAGAAAAGGCAAAGAAUACUAUAGUAUUCUAUCAAAAGCAUCCUGUGCCAUCGCUUAUUAAUAAACCUUUGUAA